GAGUGAGUGAGUGAGUGAGUGAAAGAAAGAGAAAGAGGCCAAGAGAGAAAGCUAUGAACGCACGCAAGCGCGAGCGAGUGACAGAGAGGGAGUGAGAAAGAGAAUAAAAAAAGUGAGACAGAAGGAGAAAGAGGGAGAGAGUGAGAAAGAGAGAGCGAAAGAGAGGAGGAGGGAGACGAAGCGAAAGAUUCGAGGAUGCGACGGGGUGCCUGCACCCGUGCGUGAAUCACGCUUCAGAAACGCUCUCUCCUCGCCGUCCUCGAAUGCGCCCUAGUGUACCCACCACGACAUUGACCCGUGCGUCGUCGCUGGACGCCGCCGACGGCAGACAGGCAACCACCCCCAGUGAUCGAACGAGAGAAGUAGCGACCAGCGUCUCUUGGCGCCGACAGCCGGAAGGGAAGCGACACCCACGAGGGAGCCUUCAAGUCGCUCUCCAAUCCCUACGCUCUAAUCACCGAUACCGCUCACCGCCGGUCGGCCAUGACUCGUUCGUUCGUUGAGGUUCACGCACCACAGCCGGUACCGGGGAUCCUUUGAUGAGGGGUGUCCUUGCGGCGCGGUGAGGGGACCUCUGCUAUCUACUUAUUUAUCUUACCGGGUGUGCCUUUCGACGAAUUCGUGGGAUUGGCAACUCGUCAACGACGUCGUCGUCAUCGCCGUCGCCGUUGUCGUCGUCACUGGUGGACUCCAACUGGGAACCUCGUGCUUCUUCAUAAGGAGAUUCUCUCAUGCAGCUGAAAGUGAAAAUCGUGACGACGAAGCGUGUAUAAAUAUAGAUAUAUACGCUCGUUGACACGAAACGUGGGCCCGUUUUGAAGGCAUAGAGAAGCAGCAACGGAGGAUAGACUGGCAACAAAGGAACAGAAGCGGAUACAACAUGUCAGAUGAGGAAGACAAACCCCCUGCACCUCCUGUACGAUUGACAUCAAACAGGGGUGAAUCUGCGCCUAAUUUACCAGUGGACAUGCGUCCAUUGCCUAAGGAACCAGACUCUGAUGAACGUAAGAAAAAGACGUUGAAGGGCAAGAUGAAGGUGAAGGAGAACAAAGAUAAGCCCAACAUCAGUUAUCCCACGAAUUUCGAGCACACUGUACACGUGGGAUUUGACGCCGUGACCGGUGAAUUUACGCUGCCAUUGAAAGGUAUGCCGGAAGCGUGGGCGAGACUGCUUAUGUCUAGCAAUAUCAGUAAACAAGAACAGAAGAAGAAUCCACAGGCUGUUUUGGACGUAUUAAAUUGGUACGAUAGUAGCAGUAAAGAGGCGAAAGGCUCAAAAUAUAUGACCACAACCAAGAUGGUCGGGGUAGUUGCUCCAAUCGAAAGGGCGAGUAGUCCUCGAAGUAUGGGAAUAAGUAUCAACACGGGGGUGGGGAAUAUUCGCGGACAGGCGAUGUCCCAAGCGUCUGGCAGCUCGCAUUCUCAACAGUCGUUGAGCAGACUGAGUAGCAGUAGUCCGAGUAGCACACCGACGGACGCGUGUGCAACUAGCUCCGAGCAGGAGGACGAGCCGCCGCCUCCGCCGAUUUCCGCUCGACCGGAACGCACGAAGUCCAUCUACACGAAACCUAUAGAAGAAGAGCCACCACCUCCGUUGACAACUGCGCUGGGCUCACCGCAACGAAACGGUAUGCAGCAGCAGCAACAGCAGCAGCAGCAGCAGCAACAACAACAACAACAACAACAACAACAACAACAACAACAACACCAGUCUCAGUUAGAUAGAAAUAAGAAUCAAGCGACACCAACGUCAACGACGACCGAUCAGACACGACCGGCGCAAGGUGAUAAGGCUAGAAAGAAGAAGAUGUCAGACGACGAGAUAUUAGAGAAGCUUAGAACAAUCGUAAGCGUGGGGGAUCCUAAUAGAAAGUACACUAAGAUGGAGAAGAUAGGACAAGGUGCCUCGGGGACGGUGUAUACGGCAAUAGAGACGUCCACCGGCAUGGAAGUUGCGAUAAAGCAAAUGAAUCUGUCGCAGCAACCAAAAAAAGAGCUUAUUAUAAACGAGAUCCUGGUGAUGCGGGAGAACAAACAUCCGAAUGUUGUAAAUUACUUGGAUAGUUAUUUAGUAGGGGAAGAACUGUGGGUAGUAAUGGAAUAUUUGCCAGGCGGCAGUUUGACCGAUGUUGUGACUGAGACGUGUAUGGACGAAGGUCAAAUCGCCGCGGUGUGCAGGGAAGUUCUACAGGCGUUAGAGUUCCUUCACUGUAAUCAGGUUAUACACAGGGAUAUUAAGUCCGACAAUAUCUUGCUCGGUCUGGAUGGCGGAGUGAAGCUGACGGACUUCGGCUUCUGCGCGCAAAUCUCGCCGGAACAGAACAAGCGAACAACGAUGGUCGGCACGCCGUACUGGAUGGCGCCAGAGGUGGUGACGCGAAAACAAUACGGACCUAAGGUCGAUAUCUGGUCAUUGGGAAUAAUGGCAAUUGAAAUGAUAGAAGGAGAGCCGCCGUAUCUGAACGAAAAUCCGCUGAGAGCGUUAUACUUGAUCGCAACGAAUGGCAAGCCGGAGAUCAAGGAGAAGGAGAAACUGUCGCCUUUGUUUCAAGAUUUCCUAGAUCGAUGUCUCGAGGUUGAAGUGGAGAAACGAUCCGGAGCUUCCGACCUAUUACAGCAUGCUUUUCUGGGUUUAGCCAGGCCACUGGCUUCGUUAACACCUUUGAUAAUGGCGGCGAAGGACGCUGCCAAAGGUAAUUAAGACAGUGGUGUGUUAGAUUAUAGUCGUAAAACGUGACUGUAAGAAUGGUUAUGUGAGAGAUGAAAAAACGGAAAAAAAAAUGGAAAAAGAAAUAAUGAAUCACCCUCCCAAAACGGAAACGGCACAAUAAUUUAAUAAUAUAUAAU